GGAGUUCGCUUAUCUUUCCUUGUUUCUCUCUCUCUUCUUCCCCCCCCCCCCCCCAAACAUCUUUUCCUUAUUCUCCGAGAAGAGAGAGAGAGAGGGAUAAGAGAGAUUUUGAUUUUGUUCCUGUGGGGGGAUUCAUUGAUAUGGUGAAGGAAUCAUCGAGGAAGUGUUCGCAUUGCGGGGCGAACGGGCACAACUCGAGGACGUGCACGAGCAUGAAUCAUCAUAAUCAUAAUAACAGCGUUAAUGAGAUUAGUGGUAGUAAUAAUAAUAAUAAUAAUAAAGGGUGUUUGAAGCUGUUCGGGGUGAGGAUUGUGGCGGACCACGGCGGCCGGAAUAGUAAUUGCGCCGCUGAUGGUAAGGUUAUUAGUGGUGAGACGAUGAGGAAGAGCUUCAGCAUGAGUAAUUUGUCAGAAUCCUGCCCGGCAGCCGACGGUGCCGGUGCCGGUACCGGCUCCGGCGCCGAACACCUUUCCGGCUCCGAUGCGGGGUAUCUCUCCGACGGCCUCAUUCAAUCCAGGAAACGCAAGACUGCCCACGAGAGGAAGAGAGGGAGACCAUGGAGUGAGGAAGAACACCGAACUUUUCUUUUUGGUCUUGAAAAGCUUGGAAAAGGCGAUUGGAGAGGAAUUUCUAAGAAUUUUGUGAUAAGCAGAACUCCUACUCAAGUGGCUAGCCAUGCACAAAAGUAUUUCAACAGACUUGCUUUAUCAGAACAGAAGAAGAAAAGAUCAAGUCUCUUUGACAUGCCCUUUAAUGAACAUGUACCAUCUACUCGAGAUUCCUCGGUUCCUCCCAAUAUUAUAGAAACUCUAUCACAGGCCAAUACGAAGAAUGUUGUAGAAGCCCAAAUGGGCCAAACCCAGGCUAAUGUUUCUGCUAAGGGCACCGAUGUCGUACCAUCUCCCCACCUAGAAGUACCUUUAUAUCUCCCAGUUGAGGCUAGCGGAGUUUCAAAUUUUUCCAAGGUUCCCUACAUGCAGCUGGCAAUUCCUGGCAGUGGGCAGAGCCAUCCUAAUUCUAAUCCUAAAAUGAUCCCUACUUUCCCAUUGGUGCCAAGGUCAAAAUUCAAACAGGGAUAUGUCUACGUCCCCAAGCCCCCUAGAAACUUUGCUGCUUGUGCACCGAUUGCUUCUCGCUCAGAAGCUAACAUGUUGCCACAACCAUUUCCCCGUGGCUCGUCUCAAACAGGCCCAGGCAGUUCGUCGAUUGAAAAAGUUAGUCUCGAGCUUGGCAUUGCACCGCCUGAAAACCGAAAAGGAUCAAAUUUGUCGUCGCAGACAUCUGGGCCUAUAAGGGUAACUUGAAGUUCUUGAGGACAAGUUUUAGCUUGUUCAUUUCAAAUUUUUGUUUCUCCUACAGAAGGUAGAGAAGUAGGAGCGCCAGCAGUUAGCAAUUAUAUAUUCAACAUCAUUUUUGUUAGUACAAAUUAAUGUAAUAUUAUCUUUCUUCCAA